ACUUACUUCCGGUUUGAUGCAGGGCAGAAAAUGUGAAGAUACGAUCAUACGAGUAUCCAGAAAAAAAAUCAAUAACUUCUUUGUUCCAGACUCCAUUCUAUACCUAAAUGGAUGUAAUGUGAAGAAAAAGUGCAAUGGCAACCAUUGAGAAGCUGAUCAAAGCUUUUGAGGCACUGAGGGUGUUUCAGCCCUCAGGGUCUACAGCGGAUGAUGCAGCCAAGAAAAAGGAACAAGCACCUGUCAGCAAAAAAGACAAAAUGGUUAACUGCAAUCUUGUGGCUGAUUGUAUAUCUGCUCCAAACAUGAGAGCAAUUGUGGACUUUCCCAAAUUCCUUGGCAUUGCAAUGGAAACUUUUCUUACCAUGUGCGAUGACACAGAGUCAGAUGUGAGAAUGGUUGCUGAUGAAUGUUUGAACAGGUCUAUAAAGAUAUUGCUGGAGACAAACUUGGGAAGGUUACAAGUGGAACUGUACAAAGAAAUCAAGAAGAAUGGCAGCAGUCGGACAUUGAGGGCAGCCUUGUGGAGAUUCUCAGAGAUGUCUCAUCUCAUCCGCCCACAGAAGUGCAGGCCAUACAUAGUUAAUCUACUGCCUUGCGUUGCGAGAAUAAGCAAGAGAGAAGAUGAAGCCAUUCAGGAUAUUUUAGCUCAAUCCAUGCAGAAGAUUUGUCCUCCUUUAAUAGGAUUUGCGAAUGAAUCUGAGAUUAAGGCUCUCAUUAAAUCUUUCCUACCGAACUUGAGAUCUACGUCAGCCGUGACCAGAAGGACCGCUGCCAGCUGCCUCGUUCUGAUCUGUGAACACAGCAGAAGUUCUGCCUCCUUCUACAACUAUCUACUGGGGUCACUCCUUGACAUGGUGAUCCCGGUGGAGGAGGAGACCAGUCUCCACUGUCUGAUUGGGGUCCUGCUGUGCCUUAGAUCCCUCAUCCCCCAUCUCAGUGAGUCCGCCCACGACAAACAGGGCCUCAAAGGCAGCUUUGGUGUGAUGACUAAGGAGAAAGAACAGACUGUCAGCAAAGAACAAAUCAUUAAGGUGUUCCAGUUAUUGCUGCAUUUGAUGGGACACAUGGACCACAAUGUGGUGACAGGUGCCCUGGAGACCUUCCAGCAACUCCUGAGACACCCCUCCCCACUGCUGGUCUCUCUACUGACCACACCCAAAAGCAUACCCCGGUCCCACAUCUUCAAGUCGGACCAGGAUCUGCAGCCUGGGGAAGGAUUAUCAGAAGUUCCCUCCAUGUCCAAAUUUCCUGAGGAUGGAAAUGUUGGAGAUGAAAUUGAUUCCAUUGUUGAUCCCUCAGAGGCCACAGAAGGCAAUGUAGACGACAUUGUAGCCAGCUACCAAGCUCAGAUGGCGAACAAAGAUAACGAGAGUUCCGAUGCAGUGGAUAACGUUGCAGGAUUGGAUGUGGACACGUGCGAUGCUGGCAUUGUGGUGACUACCCUGGACACAAGGUACUCAGGGAUCGAAAUUGGGGACUUAAAUGAAGACGUGUCAGAAAGAUCAAAUAUGUCGCAAGUCUCUAGUGCUAAUGGCAGCCAGCAAAGUCUGAACAAACUCUCCUCGCCCCAAAAAACGAUGAAAAGGGGAGGUCAGGACAUGAAUGGAAAUCCAGAACUUGACGAGGAUGUUUUACCCGAGAGCGAAGGGAAGAGUCAAGCGCCAAAUUCAGACCCGGUGGAUGUGACCAAGAAUCUGGGGAGCUUGUUUGAGGACAUGCCUCUAGAGUUCUGUAUACGAGUCCUAUGUCGAAGAUUUUUACUGGGAGGAACCAAAGACAAACUGAUUCCUGAUCGCGUGGUUCGUGUCAGCAUCAAGUCUCUCGCUCUUGGAUGUGUCAGCUACACUAUGAUGAUCCGACCACAUAUAUUAUUCAUGAAUGUAUUUAAAGAAGUGAAUGAAGAUAAUGACCAGUUGAUUAAGGACGUGUUGCUGUACGCCAGUCACAUAGAUCCCCAACUAAAGGGGGCCGCCACACUUAUCUGUGGUAACCUGAUCAAGUCCUCUCUGUCCCAGGGGAGAGGUGACUUCACCAAGUGGGUAGAGGAGUUUGCCCCAGAGUCAUUGGUAACUAUCGACCAUCUGGUAGAGAUAAUUCUGCACAUACUGGAGGAUGAGUCCUCAGUGGCUGUCCGUCUGGCUCUCCUGGGGGUCAGGAAAUGUCUGUCACCCCUCCUGAUGGGGACCCACAGCCCAGUAGGGCUUGAAGCAGUCAUCAAAUUACUAAGCAUUCAGAACAACCCUUACUGGCUGGUCAAGGUAGAACUUUUGGAGAUAUUCAGUUCUCUGAAUUUUAAUGUUCUGAACCACCUGGAGUCCUGUUGUACAGAUGUACAGAGAGGAACUAAUCACUUUUUGGGGAAACUACACAUACAGGAUAGAAUUCUGACGUUUGUGAUUGAGAUGUUAGGAAGUGAUGAUACCAGAGUAAGACACUGUGCCUCAGAGUCUCUAGUCAAAAUUGUGCCAAAAUUGUUUUUCUCUUGUGAUCACCCUCAACAUGACCCCAUUAUAACAGAAGCACGCCUUCACACUGAGAAGAUGCUCUGCCCCAUGGUCUCGGACUUUGUUUUGGAUCCACCUCCCCUGGUUUUGGGGUUAACAAAGCCCUACAGUAUCAGUAAUGGGUCGGUCUCUUCCCACAUUGAAAGUAACCUGUCCAGAGUAGUCGUGUCUGCAUUACAUCAGCUGAAUAUGUCUCAAUCCAAGCACUUAACGUAUGGGUGCUGCCACGCCCUCUAUCUCCUGUCGGAGACCUUCCCCUCCACCCUCUACGCCCACUCCUGGGGGUGCGGUCCCUCCACCUCCUUCCUCCCCAAAGACUCCAGCAGCAAAGGCAUCAUGAAAAGACCACCUAGUCGAUCCCACAGUAACUCAAGAACCAUGAUGGGUUAUGUCUGGUCAGGCACAUUCAGCAUAGACGAGAUGUCGUCGGGGUCGGGAGGGGGACCCCUCACCAUCAUCCUUCCCCUUUUAACCUCCAGCAAUGUCAGUCUGGAUCUGGCCGCCCAUAGUGACACCCUGCAGUUUGCUGGCAAUUUAGUGGCAGGUGCUGUAUACAGGUGUAUGCAGCCUGUUGAUGACUCAAGCUCUGGAAGUGAGGGUGAUGGGAUCAAGUGGGCGGCGGUGUCUGACCGACUCCUGGUCCCACUCCUGGACCAGCUGUUUUACCACAUCGCCAGGGUCCUGAAUUGCUGUGUCCAUGUGAUAGAUGAACAGGUGCCAGGCCCCACCCCUGUCAAACCCUCCUUGCCCUCCCUACCUAAUGCUCCCUCCCUCAGUCCUAUUAAAAGAAAAAACAAAGUGGACAGUCCCAAUGAUUCUCCGGCCAAAGGAGGCACUCCUGAUGGCAAAACUCCCUCAAAACAGCAGAAAGAGAAAGAAAAAGAACAAGAGAAAGAGAAGGAGAAGACCAAAAAAGACUCCUUGGGGGUGUUCCACAGUAUGCCUCAUUACAUGAAGUUGUAUGAUGUGUUAAAGGGAGCUUACUCUAACUACAAGGUGUCCCUGGAUCUGACCGUGACCGACAAGUUCUGUAGUCUUCUCCACACUUCACUGGUCACGCUGUCACAGAUACUGGAAAUCACCACCCUGGAGGACAUAGGGAAGUAUGCUGAUGAGAUCCUCCAGUACCUAAAGACUACCAUUGUCUUGGAGCCCACGGAAUCCAUCAGAUGUGUUCAGCAGCUACUCAAAGCCCUAUUUGGAACAAACUUGAUCUGUCAGUGGGAGCCUCAGCAUUUACAGAACUUGUCUGGAAAGCCGGGAAAAGCAGCCCGCCUGACAGGCAACAACAAACCCGGGCAGUACUACUUCUGUUUUACCCAGCCUUACACACAGUUCACGCAGUCCCUUGCCGGGGCUACCUUCAAAGCCUCCUCCCACACAGAGCAGGAGGAAUCCUCAGGAGCUUUGAGCACUUUACGGAAAUGUAUAGAGAGGAAACUACCAGCAGUCCUAAGACCAAACAGUAAAACUGAAAAAUCCACCAUUGCUUCUUACAUUCGACUGUUUGAGCCUCUGGUCAUCAAAGCCCUGAAGCAGUACACAGUAUCUAGUGGCCUUGACCUUCAGCAGCAAGUCCUUGACCUUCUUAGUCAGCUGAUCCAGCUAAGGGUCAACUACUGUCUCCUGGACUCGGAUCAAGUGUUCAUAGGGUUUAUCAUCAAGCAGCUGGAGUUUAUAGAGGAAGGGCAAAUUAGGAAUUCGGAAACUCUAAUUCCAAACAUCUUUAAUUUCUUGGUGAUGCUCUCCUAUGAGAAGACUCACAGUAAAUCAAUCAUAGCGAUGCCCAAGAUAAUACAGCUGUGUGACGGGAUCAUGGCCAGUGGACUACAACCAGUGUCUCACGCCAUUCCUGCCCUGAGGCCAGUGGUGUUUGACCUGUUUUUGUUGCGCGGGGGCAACAAACCCGACAUCAGUCGAGACCUGGAGACUCAGAGGGAGGUGCUGGUGUCCAUGCUGCUCCGACUCAUCCAGUACUAUCAGACAUUGGACUUGUUAGUGGUGGUUCUACAGCAGAGUAAGAAGGAGAGUGAGGAACGCUGGAAGAGGCUGUCCAGACAGAUCACAGACACUCUCCUACCUGCCCUCAUCAGUAAUCAGGUAAACCUAGACAACUCCGACUCACUAGACGUCCUACAUCGACUGUUUGAAUGCCUGGCUCCCAUUGUAUUCAGACCAGUGGAUAUCCUUCUGAAAACAUUGUUACAAGCUCCAACAGGCAUAGGAAGCCUUGAGAACCUUCAGCGAUGGAUGUGCCUGGUGUUGUCUGUGAUUCGAGUGUUAAUGGCUCAGUCCAAGGAGGAGGUGAUCCUGUCACGCCUGACUGAGCUCAGAAUCCGACUGGCUCUCUUCAAAACUCCUGUCUCCAAAAUGUCCGACGAACAGAAGCAAAUUGUUCUGGAUUUGACACCAGAGCAAAUUCUGGCGAGAUUUCUGGUACAAGUGAUCGGGAAAUGUCUGGAUAUGAUCAUAGAACAUGAGUGGUCGUAUCUUGGGUCACAUGACCACGCUCACUUCCUGUCUCAACAACUGUCCCAACUCCUGCUGUACAUCACACACAUGUUCCAGUCAGGUAUGUUUAGAAAAGUGGCAAAUUGUGCCCUGCAGAUUGCUCGAGAGGAAGAAAAAGAGGGUUUCUACAGCCUCAGAGAGCUCAAUCAUCACUUCCUGUUGCUCUCCAUGACAAUGCCGACCUUGACCUUACAGUGGUGCAACAUCCUGAUCCUCCUGAAUUACGAAGACCAAAGUCUGUGGAGUGAUGUGAUGCAGACCCCUAAUAGACACCUCAAACCGGGCACAAGUCAGUCCACCAGUCAUGAGGCCCACCCUGUGGCAGAGACUCAUUGCUGUAACCAGGAAAUCCUACGCAGAGGAGGAAUCAUUCUUUUCUGUGAUUUUGUGUGUGAGAACAUGUUGGACGCUGAACACAUGACCUGGUUAGUGAUUAACCAUGUGACUGACCUGAUUCAGCUGUCCCGGGAAUCCCCUGUCCAGGACUUCAUCAGUGCAAUACACAGGAACUCUGCUGCCAGUUGUCUGUUCAUUCAGGCUAUUCAUUCCAGAGGCCAAGAUGUCUCCAAGCCGUCGCUGAUCAAGAAGACGAUGAAGUGUGUGGAGGCCAUUCAUCUCAGCCAGACAGGUGCCCUUUUGACCUUGUUGAUUGACAAGUUCUUGAACACCCACCAUCUGUCUGUGGCCCGCCUAUGUGAUACCAUAGCCUGUCAUCGCGUGGAGAUGUUACUGGCCGACAACUUCGAGGAUGCCAAAAAGCAGUUGCCAGUAGUUGAUUUAGACAAACUCCUGAAGUUUAUGGACACCCACUCAUUGUUAAAGAGACAUGCCCGGUUGGUGUCCCUGCUACAGAAGCUGAGGGGGACACUGAACCCUGAGACCUCCCUGUCCCUGUGUAAAGGGGCCAGCCAUCCUGUACUCCACCAGACAGAGUGCGUCCACAACCAGAUGGACAAGGACAUGUACCGGUCUCUAGUGAAGUACCAGUGUUUUCACCCUGACUCCAGUCCCCGGGAGUGCAGCCUACUGCUACACAAGCUGGAGUACGCCGAGAUACUGGCAAUUACCAUGACCAAGGAGUUCAGUUUGGACAUUUUGUCGGAAUGCUUGAUCCUGGGGAUCAAACACACCCUGAUAAAGAGUACGGACUCCGUGACCGUGCUGGACAGCGAGGGGAACCAGGUGCUCCAGGAGCCGGUCACCGACAAUCUAUUCCAGGCCGCCCAGCUGACCUUGACCCGACACAUCAAUUACGUCAUCAACCUGCUCCCUGUGCCCCACCAAAUACUGAGCUUUUCGUCCCUCUACGUGAAGGAGAGUCAAUAUCAGGAGAAGAUGAAUGACGUCUUCUCCGACUCCUCGUGGAGGGACAUGAUUUUUUCCUUGACAAAGACACUGAACUGUUAUUUACAGUCUUUGGCGAGGUUGCCAUGGAGACCAGACAUUCCUGUGGAAUCUCACUGUGAUAUUUGUAAAUUUAGUGUACUUUGCAUGGAGCUGCUGUGUUGGAUGUUUCACAAUGACAUACUGCCCACCUCAGAACAAUUAAACACGUGCCUGAUGUGUAUGGCAAUCAUCCUGCAGAAUCAGCAACUCUCCGCUGUGAUUGGUCAAAAAGAUCAUGUGUCGUGGGUAGCAUCCAUAGUUUCUUCUAUCUACCAAGUCUUUCUCUCAUUGGUACUCAUUCCAGGGGACAAACUAGUCACAACAAGCCAAGAGUCGUUUGAGGAACCCAACAGUCAAAAUGAAUUAUCUGUGAUUGUCAAAGCCUGUGAUCAGAUUUCAGAACUUGUGCAAUAUCUGUUGUCCAGCAGUAGGAGUUCUUACUCAGUGCCACAGUUUGUUGACUGCCAUCUCACUACCAUCAUCAUAUCAUUAGCUCGCCUACCUGCCCUGAACAGUUACGCUCGGACACCCUCAUUAGUCUGGAAGCUGGGAUGGACCCCCACCCCCUCAGGCGAACUGAGGACGCACUUGCCUCCCUUGCCCGUGGAUUAUCUCAAAGAUAAAGAUGUCCUCAAAGAAUUUGUGAGCAGAAUUAAUAUGUUGGGGUGGAUCAAUCGGCAGCAGUUUGAGGAGACGUGGAUGAGUUUGUUAGCAGUGUUGAACCCGGUCAUAGAAGAUGUGUCGGAACACAUUCCCCAGGAGGAAGAAAUUGAGAGGUCUCAGUGUAUGGUGAUAGCUGUCAAAGCCAUCACAGCCAUGUUGUUACAGUCAACUUUGACCCCAGUUCCUGGUAACCCUAGCAACAGUGCAUUUGAAGUUAGGCCAAGGGACAAACCUCUGGGCUUUCUUCAUACAAGAUGUGGUAAGAAGCUGACUAUCAUUCGAGGCAUCAUUGAAAAGGAGGUCCAGGAUUUGUACAGAAAAUGUGAGGACCGGUCCAGCUGUAGCCUGGGGGAGGGAGAGGACCAUGAUGUCCUCCGGUACAUGUUUGAUAACAACCUGGAGAGGGAGGCUGAUGACUCCACCUAUAACCUGGGACAGGUGUCAGUGGAGUCUAUCUGGUCAGUGGUGGGAGCCCUUCAUGUACAAACAGCUGACUCGGACACUCCCGACUCUGUCAAUAGCCCAGACCAGGAAAACACUGAGAAGCCACCACCCCUCCCAUCCCAACAACAGUUCCCCCUCAUCAGCAUAGACAAGAGAGAGCGGACGGUCUCCCUGAGCGGCCUUGACAUUCACUCCUGUCUGCAGUUUCUGUUGGAGCUGUAUGGACAGUGGCUGUCUCCCAACAGUAUCCUUAAACCGCCGCUGAUGCUGAAAACAGAAGUGGUUAAGUCGCUGGUUUCCCUGUCGGAUUUGUUUGUGGAGAGAGAACAGUACGAGUGGAUGUUGGAUUUCCUGUUGGAUAUAUACAAGGCUCAUCCACCAGAAGAUGAGAUUGUGAUGCAGUACAUCAACGUGGGCCUCAGUAAAGCUGGGGCCGUCAUUGGACUGGAUAGUUCAGCCAUUGAGAAACUGAUGAAGCAAUUAGACAUAGGACUCAGGAGCCCACAUUUGCCGAGCAGAAUCGCCGCCAUGCACGGAAUUCUGUACCUGCUAGAGGCAGGCGUUCAGGAAAUAACAAAACCUUUGAUGCCAAUAGCAACCGACUUCUUACUCAGAAAUUUAGGCAGCAUUAGCCAGACUUGUAUAACUAGUCAGCAGUAUAUUUUAACAAUGUGGGCCACAGGUUUCUACAUCAUGGAAAAUUAUCAUGUGGAUCUGAAGGAUCUGGAAUUUCCAAGCAAAAUUCUUCAGCUUGCAGUUUCCACAGCCUCUGGAAACGAGGAGAGUGUGACCACUCCUGUGUAUCUGGCCAUCCUUAAAGGCUUGGAGAGACUGCUUUUAACUGAUGUCCUCUCCCAGCAGGACUCAGACGCCAUUGUUAAACUAGGUGUGGACAGAUUGUGUUUGCCCAGCCCCCAGAGAUCUCUAGCAGCCCUUGGACUGAUGUUUACAUGCAUGUACUCAGGUAAACAGUAUGACCAGUACAGCCCCCUCCCCAGGGACUCAGCGGCCUACGAUUUCAACGUGGUGUACCAGGACCCGGAAUCUCUGAUCGUGGCCAUGGAACGAGUCACUGUCCUCUUUGAUAGAAUAAAGAAGGGCUAUCCUUAUGAAGCAAGGGUUAUUACUCGAGUACUUCCUACAUUCCUGGCUGAUUUCUUUCCUCCACAAGACAUCAUGAACAAAAUCAUCGGGGAGUUUAUCUCCAGUCAGCAGCCCUACCCUCAGAUGAUCGCUAUGGUUGUGUUCCAGGUGUUUAACAAUCUCCACAACCAAAGCCAGGAGGCUCUAGUCCAGGACUGGGUCAUGCUGUCUCUAUCCAACUUUACCCAGCGGACCCCUGUAUCCAUGGCAACAUGGAGUUUGACCUGUUUCUUCAUCAGUGCCUCAACAAACUCCUGGCUUAGGCCUCUAAUUAACCACGUCAUUAACAGGAUGGGGAAGAUGGAGGCCGUUGACCAGAAUUUGUUCUGCAUGGCCGCUCUCGACUUCUAUUCCAUUCUGAAGGACAAACAGCAACAAUGGGCCUUCAUUUCAACAUUCCAGAAUGUGUCAACACUUGGACCCCCCUACACUGAUCUGCUGGGGAGGCUGGAAAAAGCCUACCCUGAGCACUUCUCCCAGAAAAAGUUGAUCAAGCCCCACCCAUUGACCUGAGAUCUUAGUCUGUUUAAAUACGUUGUUUGGUAGAUGAUUGGGGUCACUGGUUUGUAGGAGCCAUUCCAUGAACACUUGUCAGACAUACUGUUAAAUUCAGGGUUUGAGCAAAAAGGUCACAUAAGCAUUUUGGAUAUCAUUGAAAUAGAUCAAAUUAAGCGUAACUCUAUGAUCAUUUUGAUGAAAGGACGGUAGUACAGUGUAUUAUAAAUUAAGGUAAUCUUGAAGAUUUCAUGCAAGUUUUUAUGGCUAUGUCAAUUUAUGAUUGAUGCAUUGAAUGUUGAUACUUUUUUUUUGCAAUAUCAAUUUUUUCAUUUAUCUUCUUGAUGACAGAAAUAUCAGUUUUUGAGUAGUGCUAAUAUUUUGGAUUGCAUAUGUUUACCCCUCACCAUAUCGAAGAAUGAAAUAUCAAGAUUUUAAAGAAUUGAUAUCUUAGCAAGCCAAGCUUUUCUGUACAUCUUUUUGCAAGAUUAGGUAUCAAAUCAUGUAGUAAUUAUGAAAUACUGUCAAACACUUUGUUAAUUAAUCGAGUCUAUAAUUUAUGUUAUAUACCCUAUGUAGGCAUUGCAACUAUAUAUAUUCAUUAUAGUGCUAACGAAAGCAUAAUGAAGUUAUAAAAUUAAUUGUUGAUCUCCAUAUAUUAAAAAAAAAAAUAGAAGUGAGGGUUCCUAUUUAUAUUAAGUGCUUUACUAUAUAUUAUCUUUAUUUUGUUUGACUUUGUAAUAUUUUAAUCAUUUAUUAUAAUACUCACUUUGGAGAGUUUGAUUUUUUCAUGAUUUGAUGUGAGAGAAAAAACAAUUCCCAACAGUCAGGAAUAAGGAACUGAAGUGUUGUGGGAGAAACAGUUAUAUAUGUUAUUUAUGGGGAUAUAAAACAUUCCUUUUUGUAUUCAUAUAGAUACAUAAAGUACAAACAAAAGUGAAACUUUUAUUCAGAUACUGGUACAUGUACUAAGAAACCAGUUAUUGUUGUUAUUGUACUGGUGAAUAAUACUUACUGGUUUAGAAGUUCUGUGAACUUAUCAGUGCUGAAUAUCAAAGAACUACUCUUAAAUAAAAAAUGAUAUUAAAAGGGCUUUGUACAAUUUAAAAUAACUUAAAAUAUUGACACAAAAUAAUUGCACCUUGAGAUGAGGUUCUCAAUAUUAUAUUGAUUGUAUUUACAGAUGACUGAUCAAUGAUUCUUUUUCGUGAAAGAAAAUGACUUGAAAAGAAUUCUUUUGAUUCUUAGCUAGAUAAUGAAAGUAAAUCAAUUCAAGAAAUUUCUGAAAUGGUUAGCACUAGUAGAGUUUUUAGUUUCAGUUCAAAUAAGUGAUCUUAUUGACACCUUUUCUGGUACAACUUAAUAGAUUUAGGUCACUUAAAACAAUUCUAGGUCAUAAGACAUGAAAGUAGGUCAUGCAUUGUAUACCAUAGUCAGAUUAAAUAUCAUGUAGCAACGCCUUGUAAUGUAUUAUUGAAUUAUUUAUACAUUGUUGUUGUUGUUGCUUUAGCAUUUAUUUCAUGCAAGAAAUAAAACUUUUUGUUAAAGAUAA